GUCAGAGAUUCCUGUUCUGUAAUAGUGAAAAUAGUUGCUUCACAUGGCAAUUCACGUUUCGGCGACCACACCAAAUGUAUCAAAUUUUGUUGACGUAUAAUACCUCUUAACAAUGGGACUGUUAACAAUAUUGAAGAAAAUGAAGCAGAAAGAGAAAGAAGUUCGUCUUUUGAUGCUAGGUUUAGAUAAUGCUGGAAAAACAACAAUAUUGAAGAAAUUCAAUGGUGAAGACAUAGACACAAUAUCACCAACUCUUGGUUUUAAUAUAAAAACUCUUGAACAUAGAGGGUUUAAAUUAAAUGUUUGGGAUGUUGGAGGUCAGAAGUCAUUGAGGUCAUACUGGAGGAACUAUUUUGAAAGCACUGAUGGUUUGAUAUGGGUUGUAGAUAGUGCUGAUAAAAGAAGACUUCAAGACUGUAAACAAGAGUUACAUUCUUUGUUAUUAGAAGAGAGAUUAGCUGGUGCUACAUUACUGGUUUUUGCUAACAAGCAAGAUUUACCUGGAUCUUUACCAUCAGAGGAAAUAAGACAGGCACUAGAAUUGGAUGAAAUCAAGUCACAUCAUUGGAUGAUAUGUGGUUGUAGUGCUGUAACUGGUGACAAUCUCUUACUAGGAAUUGACUGGAUCAUAGAUGACAUUGCAUCAAGAAUAUUUACUAUGGAUUAGACUGACUGUAAGACUGACAUCCAUGGUUGUAUGUGGCGAUGUGCAGAACUGAAGGCAGUACUGUCAUAUAAUGGUGCUUCUUGCUGUGUAGCUUUGUAUGCAGACCUAUAUGAAUUGUGCAUUGCUCAGAAACUAUGUCUUGUGUCUUUUACUGCAGUCCAUGUAUGAUUAUCAUUUUAAGACCAACUAUCUCAGUGUGAGACUGCUGAUUCCUGUUGUACUAUACAAGCCCAGUGCCUCUGAUGGGGACACGAUAGAGGUUCUUUUCUAUCAAUAUAUGGCUUGUGGAGGACUAAAUACAAAUCAGAGUUCAUUUUUAUUUUGUUUAUUUUAUUAUUUAUAACAUUCUGUGCAACAAUGAAUUGUAUAUUGUUUGUAACCGCAUAUGUAAAUAUUAGUAAAGAGAAAUGGCAUGUUUAAAUCGAAUGAGUUUAUUGAUAUUAAAUUUGAUCAUUUAUAAUUUGCU